AUGCCUCGCAUUGUACAGAAAUCUCGCGCUCUAUUUGCUGCCAUUUUUGCCUCAUAUCCUGACCUGUUCGAUGAGGAAGCGUGGCAGCAGCAAUUUGGAUUCCCCGGGUUUGACGUGGAUCACAUCUCGAAUGUAAAAAAUGAAGAGCUCCCUGCAGUCUGCGAGUUUCUGAAGCACGUCGGAAAUCUCCCCUUGGACGAGGCUAUAACUUGCGUCAAUACGAAGGGUGCCGAUGUGUUUCUCCAAGGCCGUACCACAUACCACCACUGGUGGUCGAAAUCGCGCAUGGUGUCGAAGCUCAGAAUCACGCACAACCAUGCUAUUCUCUGUGCUGGUAUCAACAUCAAGGCAAUGUAUCAGGUAGCUGCGAAGAAAGGGAAUGCAAAAUUCGUCACGCUUAUGAUGUUUGGAUCAAAGGAGGCAGAAAUUGCAGAAAGCAUGUUUGGCAGAGCAUUUGAGGAUAACGAGUCAGGUUGUAUGCGAGAGGAGUUCCAGCAACUCAUCCACUCAUUGAUAUUGGACUACAUUGAAUGUCAGUGGAAGAAUCACCGCCAGGCAGAAACAUGCAGACUUGAGGCGAAGGGGGAACUCGAUGCCAUGUGGAAAUUGUUUGAAUCUGGCAAUGGCCAAAUCAACCUGAAAGAUGCAAAGAAGAUCUUGAAUGCUCUCGAGAAAUAUGAAAAGUACAUUGGUUGGGAGGCAACGGAGCAGGAUAAGGCUGCAUUGGCAGAAUAUGAGCAGAGGAAGGGCGAGUUUGAACAGGCGCUUUCGAAGGCAGAAGCUCAGGAGGAGGAGUUGAAGAAAAACAAAAAGAGUUCACAGUUGCUCCAUGAGGACCUUGCUUCUCAGCUCGAGAGCAUUGAAAGCACACGCAAUAGGGAGGAGGCCGAACAACAUGACAUCGACAUCAAUCCGGGCCUUCCUUCGCACCCCGGUCUUAUUGGGUGGGAGAAAUGGAAGGAAUGUGGGGACCUGGGGGUAGAGUCUUGGUCAAAAACUACUGAUAAGGUGCUUGCCGAAAUGCUUCGAUGGGACAAUGGCCGUCCCGAUGAAUUUAACCCAUUCAUUAACACUUCCCUCACCGAUUACUGGGAAAACCCUGACUAUGCCGCCAAGAUUCCUCCUGGCGGUGAUGAAGACAAUGAGGUGACGAACAUCAUGUGGCAUCAAAUUGUUGGUAUAACAGCAAUGGUGAACAUGCUAUGGAUGACAAAAUUGGAUGAUGAUGGUGUCCCAGGAAUCCUCCUUGCCGAUGAGGUGGGUCUGGGCAAGACUGCCCAAAUGAUGGGAUUGCUGGCAUUUAUAAUGUCAUGCUAUCGGGCACAGAAGCUCGGCAAGGAACUGCCUCCAGUGCUCGCACAAUUGCCAUAUUUCUGUGGUCGUAAACAGAUUCCUGAUGCGCCGCAUCUCAUUUUGGUCCCUGGGACCAUUAUAGAGCAGAUCGUGGGCGAGUUGAAGCGGUGGUUCCGUCCUCAUGUCAUCGACAUUUUUGUAAUGCCGAUGAUGGAGCGGAGAUGGGACGAGUUCAACAAGGCUGUUGAUUCAUCGAAGCAGGACAAAUGCAACAUUGUGAUCGUUGCAAGCCAUAGUAGCGUCAGUCAAUUAGCACAUCGCAAUUUGUGGAUCACAAAGUCUAAGACUGAAUUGGUGUCUUCUCUGCGUCCUGCUAAGACAAAUUCAUUGGGUUAUGAGCCGAUAUGGUCAAGGAGUUUCUGCAGUGUCAUCGUCGAUGAAGCACACAACUUCCGGACACCAAAUGCUGCCUACCAUGGCAUGAAUCGAAUUAUGGAAAAUACCUGCAUGCGCCUAAUUGUGUCGGCAACUCCACUGUACCAGUCACCUCGUGACCUAUGCAACCUCGCAAGACUUAUUCGUUUGAAGGCAUUCAUAGGUAAGGCAGCUGAAUCGCUCGAGAAGGAGAAAGUCAGAGAGCUGUCAAAGAUGCAGAGGGAUGUCACCAAGGGCAACAAUAGCGAUGAUGAUGCUCUCGCAGUGUUCAACACGAAUGCCUUGAAGGGCGUUGAUGGUAGAAAUCCAUACAAAAGGGUGUACGAUGCUAACAAUGACUGGGUCAUUGACAUUCAGGCUCGCUAUGAAGGACGUAUCAUUCGACGGGCAGUAACAUCAAUCAAGUACACUGACCCCCCAGCUGACAAGCCUAUCAUGCUGUUGAAUGAACUCCCACCAUACGAAAAGAUUGAAGUGAUGGUAAGCAUGGCAGAUGCUGAGAAACGGGAGAUGGACAACCAGAUGUCGAAGUGGAGCAGCGAUUCAAAGGCACAUGGAGCUGUUGAUGUCACGGAUGCCGGGGCAUUUUUGCUCAAUUACCGGCUUGCCGUAGCAUAUCCGCAAUCUCAACCCGAUCCUGACUAUCUGUCGAAAUCCGGCAAGAAAAAGUUUCCACCAUUCAAAAGUCUUGAAGAGUGGGAAAAGUAUCCAGGAGCAAAGCUCGAGGCGACGUUGAGAUUGUGCAAGCACUAUUUGUCUGAUGACAAUGCAUCUCCACCAUAUAUUGAAGAUGGUCACCUCAUUUUCCCUGAUCCUCCUGCAAUGGCAACCGGCGAUAAGAAGAAGAGGACUCAGCAGAUAAAGAUCCUUAUCUUUCAUGAGUUCCCUAUGAUGGAUGAACUCAUCAUGUCGGCCUUCAUUAUGAAUGGCAUUAAAAUAUUGUCACUGAAUGGCUCCAUGAGGCUCACGGCACGUCAACAGGUGGUUGAGAAAUUCCUUCAUCCCGAUUCAGAUGUUCAUGUGCUUCUCCUCAGCCAGGAUAUUGGUUGGACUGCCAUUCAAGAAGAACAGAUGAUUGGUCGUGCCCAUCGUCAUGGGCAAAAGGAAACCGUUUACGUCUUUUGCCUUAUUGCAACAGACACUAUUGACGUCUUGAUGGCUCAACACUCUGGUUCAAAAGCCCAGCAGCUUCAGCAUUUCUUCAAGAAGCCUGAUUUUAAUGUCUGUCGAAACAGGAAGGCAUUCUGGCUGCUGUACAAUUGUGAUGUACCAGCAGAUGCUCCUGCUGCAGCUGAUGGAGAAAGCGAUAACAAUGAUGACCAGAGCACCCAGGAAAGUGCCGUUGAACAGCCUCCUGCAAAAAAACGCAAGACGAAUAGCAAGAAAACGGCAAAAACAAAGGAAGUAGAUGUCAUCGAUGAAUCCCGCCAUCGUCGUAAAGUGCCAAAGAAGGUGCCAGAGGAUGGAAACAGGGAGGGAGCUCCUGCCACCAAGGUACAGAUGAUGAUGCAGAGAGGAUCCGUAGAUGAGGCUGGACCGUCAAAGGCUGGACCAUUGAAUACCCAGUCAAAGCCCAAGCCCAAGCCCAAGCCUAUCACAAAGCCAGCACCGAGCGCACCACAGAAUGCCAUCAAGGAGGGUAAUGCACAAACUGCUCAAUGUGAAUCUCAGCCCUCGGCCCCCUCCGCUCCAUCAUCCCCUCUUCCUCAUCCUGUCAUCCCUUCCUCCACCCCUGCAGUUAUACCACCACCAGUGUGUGGAAUGACUGCCAUCACUGCCCCCUCCAGUGAUAUUAUCUCGACACCAGAUGCUAAUGAACCAAUUAGCAAUGAUGAGAUAGAAAGCUAUGGGGGCACUGCUAGCGGUGGUGCUUCACAACCUCUCGAUGAUCUCCUUGACUUUGAUGACCUAACUCCUCUGUCUUCCAAUGCCCCCUCCUCUCCAUUGACACCAACCCCAUUGCCUGGCAGGAAGAAGUCCAUUUCAACUGCACCAACAGAAUGGAUCCUUCAGGCCAAAUAUGCAAGAACCGGCAUGGAGGUGUUGAGGUCGUUUCUGAAUGUCUUCAGAAAAAUAGAGAAAUUUUUCAUGUGGCACUCUGCUUUCAUGAACUCUGACCAGGAUGAUGACAGUUUCUUUCAGGGAUUGGAACAUACAAGUAGCUUGUUCACUGACAACGAAGACCAGGAAGAAGCAGGAGGAGCAGAAGAAGCAGGAGCAGAAGAAGCAGGAGCAGAAGAAGAAGAAGAGGAUGAGUACAAUGAUGAGGAUCAACAUCAUGAUGAACAGAGGGACGAAGAGGAUGAUGCUCAUGGGUCAUCCCAUCGAAGCCGGCGCCCCAAAAUCACUGCUAGUGAUGAGGAGGAUCGUCAUCGGAGACGUCGUCACCAUCCAGAACAGAGGGAUGAAGAGGAUGAGGCUCAUCAGUCAUCCCAUCGAAGCACCCCCGGGCCAGCCUCUAGUGACGAGGAUGAUGGACCUCUGCACCAUCGACAAGGAGAAAUCAGACAUGGAGAAUGGGAUCUGGAUGAUGAUGUUGAUGGGAAUAACAUUCGCAUUCAGGAUGUCCACACAUCAAGAGAUGUCACAUUGGGGGAGUUCGUUCAAGAAUGUAGUCAACUAUGGAUGGAUCAGAAUGUUUCAACAAGGAGCAUCGCACGUUGUGGAAAGUAUCUCUGCUAUGUAUUAUGUGGGGAAUAUGGCGAGGAUCAUUACAUCAAUCUCACCAUGGCUGGAGCUGACCUACCAGAACCAAAAGUGACAUUGAUGAGAGACUAUGAUUCAGUCAUUGCAAUCUGUGAUCGUGUUCCAGAUCUGGGAAUGCCGAUUGAGUUUGCUACUACAUAUCAGCCAAUGAUGUCAAUGCAAGGUGGUAUUAAUAUCCAAGCACCUUUCAAAAUUGUCAAUCCACAGAAUGGCGAGGUAACAUUUAUCAUCUAA